CGUGCUUUAAACUCCGUUUAAAAAAUUGAUAAGAUACGUUUAUUAUCGCGCGAGUGCACAAUCGCUCUCGUUGAAAUUUGAAACAGUAGUAAAGUAUACCGUUAAGAUGGUUGACCGGGAUAUUCUCGCUACCGGCACGGAGCUCUCCGAGCUAACGUAUUCCAGUUUUUGGGACUGGUUCAUCCAAUUUUCCGACAUACAAACCCUUUGGAGAAACUCUCCCACUUACAUUCUAGCCCAAGCCGCCUACAUUUUAGGAGGGAUUGCAACACUAGCUCACGCUCUAAUUCGGGGCGGGCGCCUCCCUUACCUAUGGCUGACGAUAGUACUUCACGGAGUGGUCGUAGAAAGCAUCACCUACAUCCAUCCAGACGUGGAUAACUUCUGGCACAGCCAAACCCCCAUCAUCUUCUUAGGCCGGAGGCUACCUUUGCACAUCAUUUUAUUAUAUCCGUGCUUCAUCUACCAAGCAUCAGUGGCGGCGGCUAAACUGAAGCUGCCCAAAUGGUCGGAGCCGUUCGCAGUGGGUUUGCUCACCGUGCUCAUCGACAUUCCCUACGACAUAGUUUCGGUUCGCUACAUACACUGGACGUGGCACGACACAGACCCUAACAUAGAGGACAGGCACUACUGGGUGCCCUGGACCUCCUACUUCUUCCACGCCACCUUCGCCGCCGCCCUCCUGUUUUGGUUCCACUUUUUGAGGGAAAAGUUGUGCCCCACCGAGGGUAAAUGGGUAGCAGAUAAAAGCGUCUUGAGAGAAUUGUGGUGCUCCUUGCUCACCGCUGUUCUGGGAUCCCCAACUGGUUUGAUACCGUUCAUUCUAAUAUAUCAUCCACUACAUGAUGUAUACAAGAUUCACACAGAAAUAGCGGUGUUCAUAAUAGUGGCUGUGUUUUUGGUACUCGCUUGGACUGGAGAUCGUGACACAUCGCGGAACGUUAAUGGCACCGUUUUCAAGCUACAUUGGUCCUCUUUGCUGCUCAUGUUCCACUUGCUAGUGCACUAUGCAUUGUUCCUACUCAUGCCGGUGUUGUUUAAUCCCGAAGAUGAAGUUUCCACCGGGUUGAAGGAACCGAUAGGACCUUGUAAUGAGUAUGUACCUUUGCGUACUAUUGCAGGAAUAACUUUAAGAAAAAGGAAGUACUUGUGUUCUACCGACUACGACGAGAAGUACUUCGAUUUUAGUUGCUUGAAAAGAGUACCAUCGGAAGGUUCGAUUUGGUAUUCGAUAUGCGGAGUGAAGUUUGAAAACAGAGCUGAAUACGUAGUUAUCAUCGGUUUAAUUGCGUUCGUAGCCAUCUCGGUGUUUUCAAAUUUACAUUUAAAAUCCUACGGAGACGCAGUUUUCGACGACAGAACCGCCCUUAAAGCGAACGGCAAAAGUACUACGAAAAAGAAACGUAAUUGAAUGUCAAUCAGCUACAAUUAAAAAACUACGUUAAGAAAAUGUUUUGUAUUACUAGUUUAAUUACAAAAAAAAUCAGACCUAUCCUGAACGGUUGAAUUUGGAUUAUGAACAACUUUCACAAGAUUUACCUCGCAUUGCAAUUAAAAACGAAUAAAAUUAAAUUAUCAUACAUAAAAACUAUUUUAAUUUAAUAUAGAAAAAUAAGAAAUACAGCGGGAUAUCGGUUAUUAAUUAUAAUUAACGCUUCCACCAGUCUGCUGCUGGUACACUUCGAUUGUAUCCCCUUCUUCCAUAUCUAAAGAGUUCGGAGUAUCUGUGUCGUUUAUGGGAUUCCCGUCGAAUCGAAAUCGGACGACCUGAGGACUUAUACCCUGAAAAUUAAAAAUAUUUUUUAAUAAAUUUAUCAAUAUACAAUGUCAUGGAUAAGAUAAAUAUGGAAUAGUUAUGCAACUCAUCUUCACAACUUAUCAAACAGCACAAUUGUAGAAUUAAAUAUAGGUACUCGAAAAUUGGUUAGGAAGAAGCUUAUACAAAUGUAUUGUAGGUAUAAUCAUUAAAUAAAAAAGGUUUUUGACUAUUUU